GAUUGAUCUCCUGAAAUUUAACUUUCAAGAUGAAGUUUUUAUCGGCGAUUGCCUUUUUUAUUUUAAUUUCCUUGUGGGUUGAAGAAGCUUAUUCUAAAGAGAAGUCUUCAAAGAAAGGGAAGGGGAAAAAGAAGCAGUAUCUAUGCCCAUCCCAGCAGUCAGCAGAGGACCUUGCCCGAGUACCUGCCAACUCCACUAGCAAUAUCUUGAAUAGGCUAUUGGUCAGUUAUGAUCCCAGAAUAAGACCAAAUUUUAAAGGCAUUCCUGUUGAUGUAGUAGUCAACAUUUUUAUCAACAGUUUUGGAUCCAUUCAAGAGACAACAAUGGACUAUAGAGUUAACAUUUUCUUGAGACAGAAAUGGAAUGAUCCCAGGCUGAAGCUCCCUAGUGAUUUUCGGGGCUCAGAUGCACUGACGGUGGAUCCCACAAUGUACAAAUGUCUGUGGAAACCUGACUUAUUUUUUGCAAACGAAAAAAGUGCCAAUUUUCAUGAUGUGACCCAGGAAAAUAUCCUUCUCUUUAUUUUUCGUGAUGGAGAUGUUCUUGUCAGCAUGAGGUUAUCUAUUACUCUUUCAUGCCCUUUGGACUUGACCUUGUUUCCAAUGGAUACCCAACGUUGCAAGAUGCAACUGGAAAGCUUUGGCUACACAACUGAUGAUUUACGAUUUAUCUGGCAGUCAGGAGAUCCUGUUCAGUUAGAAAAAAUUGCCUUGCCUCAGUUUGAUAUUAAAAAGGAAGAUAUUGAAUAUGGUAACUGUACAAAAUACUAUAAAGGCACUGGGUACUACACCUGUGUGGAAGUCAUCUUCACCCUGAGGAGGCAGGUCGGUUUUUACAUGAUGGGGGUCUAUGCCCCAACCCUGCUGAUAGUGGUUCUCUCUUGGCUCUCCUUCUGGAUCAACCCAGACGCAAGUGCUGCCAGAGUGCCCCUGGGUAUCUUCUCGGUACUCAGCUUGGCCUCCGAGUGUACAACCCUUGCUGCUGAACUUCCCAAAGUAUCCUAUGUGAAGGCUCUUGAUGUAUGGCUCAUUGCUUGUCUUCUUUUUGGGUUUGCUUCACUGGUGGAGUAUGCUGUCGUCCAGGUGAUGUUGAAUAACCCCAAAAGAGUUGAAGCAGAAAAAGCCAGAAUUGCUAAGGCUGAGCAAGCAGAUGGGAAAGGUGGAAAUGCUGCUAAAAAGAAUACUGUGAAUGGUACAGGGACUCCUGUUCACAUUAGCACUUUGCAGGUUGGAGAGACGAGAUGCAAAAAGGUUUGCACUUCCAAGUCUGACCUGAGGUCUAAUGACUUCAGCAUUGUUGGAAGCUUACCAAGAGAUUUUGAAUUAUCCAAUUAUGACUGCUAUGGAAAACCUAUUGAAGUCAACAAUGGGCUUGGGAAAUCUCAGGCAAAGAACAACAAGAAGCCGCCCCCUGCCAAACCUGUUAUUCCAACAGCAGCAAAGCGAAUUGAUCUUUAUGCAAGAGCAUUGUUUCCUUUCUGCUUCUUGUUCUUCAAUGUUAUAUAUUGGUCUAUAUAUUUAUGAUAGAUCUUUUUCAUUUGUGUAAAAUAAAAUGCCAUUUCAUUGUGACCGGCCUCAUUCAUAAAUGCCAAUCUGAAAAUUUUUGCAUUUUCAUAGCAAUAUAUUGCAUUUUGGAUGCCAUUUGAUUGUAAUAAAAAUGUGGCACCUUACUUUUGAAUGGCGGCAUGAUCUUGUUACUUCUGUGCUCUAAUGAUGUAUAUAUGUAUAGCAAACACAUUGCUUUGAUAAGCAUACCACAUAAAAUAAAAUCCAAACAAUUCUCUUCAGUUAGUGUAAAUUACAGAUACUUCAGAUGAUUCUGAUAAUAAAAUGAUGUGCACGCUGGAUCCUGUUAUGAUCACCAUUCUAAUGUAUGUUGUAUUUCAGAUUUCCUUCCUUGUAACUUUCAGAGAAACCCAUCUUAUUCUUGUACAAUUUUAGAUGGUAUUAUCACAGAUUAAGCAAAAUUAUAUUACAUAUUGUUUAAACUUUGUAAGUAGAAAGAUAUCAACUAUAAUUAUGUGGGCUCUAUGCAGAAAUAAAGUUCAAAAAAUUACUAAUUUGUAAAAUCAGCUCAUUUUAAAGUGUGCCUGUUUUGUCAAAAUGCCAACUUAUGAAACACAGUAAGCAUUUUUGAAACAAAGGGAAAUCUAGAUUUACAUAAAUUCAUACUGAAUUCUGACUGCUGAUAAAAAUAAAAAUAAAGGAUAGAUACAUUGAUUAAAUAUUUCUGACAAAAGAAAUUCUAUUUAAUCCACCUUAAGCCUAAAUAUAUUUUCAUGGAUUUCAUUUUGUUGAUACAGAAUAUAUAAAAUCAUUGUGCCUUAAAGAGUCAUAAAUACUUUAAAUUGGACUAUAAUAAUGGAUAUGUGAUUUCACAUAAUUUUUAGGUAACAAAGAGGAAAAUACCCUAUUCCUGGAAGUAACUUGAGUUUGGGGGAAAAAAAAUCAUUGGAAAAUUUUAACUUCUUUAUUAAAAUGCUUACAUAUUUUUAAGUAAAAUUAAAUUUUUUUCUGAAUUCAUUUCUUUUUUUAUUGGAAUACUUUUUGGAUUUGCUAUAAAACAUUUAAAGAUUAAGUAUGUAAUAUCUUUGUUUAAGUUAGGUCUCAUUGCUAGUUGUAUUUUCUUUCUUGCUAAAAGUCUAGACUCCUUAGAUUUAUUUACUUUGAUCUUGUUUGAACCUGAAAUAAGCACUUUCUGGUCUAUAAGUCUCCCAUUUCCUAGUGAUAUCAAUCCAGUGUACCUUUUUAUUUCUCCAUAGCUGAAAUUGGAAUUAUCCAUAAUUCAUAUAACAACAAACAUAAGACCAAGUAAGUAUAUUUACAUUAUUUGGAGAGUUUUGUUGCAGCUGAGAGUUUAUAUGGUCAAUUCAAUGAUAAAAUGUGUUUAAAUAUUGUUUAUGCAAAUUGCUAUAUGUAAUUCAAUGCUAUUUUAUUAAAGACUUUAACUUUUUUAAAGA